AACACUGAAAAUUCAGCAGCGAGACGGGCAUGAGUGGCAUCAUGACAAGCAACUGCUCCUUUGAGGAGGUGGACCACCUGAUGAGGUAUCUGGAGCUGGUCAUCUACAUGCCCAUAUUCCUCCUCGGCCUGCUGCUCAACGUCGCCGCGCUCUUAGUCUUCUGCUUCUUUCUGCGGAAGUGGACCGAGUCCACGAUCUACAUGACCAGCUUGGCUCUGAUGGACCUGCUCCUCCUCUUCCCUCUUCCCUUCAAGAUGCACGCCACCAAUCACCUCUGGCCCGUCGAACUCCAAACCCUCUGCUCGGUCCUGGAGAGCCUGUAUUUUGUGGGGAUAUACGGCAGCAUUUACACCAUCAUGUGCAUAGCUGUGGAUAGAUGGGUGGCCAUCUGUCACCCGUUCAAAGCCAAGCAGCUGCGAUCACCCAAAGCGGCCCGGGUGACCUGCGUGGGGGUCUGGGCUCUGGUGCUGGCGGUGAUCUCUCCAACCACCUACCGGUUCAGGCAGGACAGCGACAGGGACUUCCACUGCUUCCACAGCUUUUCUCAGAAAGGCUGGAGCCCUCCGUUGAUCAUCAGUCUGGAGGUGUUUGGCUUCCUGCUGCCCGCCCUGGUGCUGAUUUACUGCUCAGCUCAGACCAUCUGGGCUCUCCGGCAGUCGGGCCAGCGCAGCGCCCAGAGCCGGGCCUGUGUGAAGAUCAUCUACAGCGGCCUGAGCGCCUUCCUGCUGCCUUUCACCCCGAGCCACCUCGGCAUCCUCCUGCAAUUCCUGGUGCAUCAGGGGGUGAUUCAGGACUGCGGCGCCAAGACCAGGAUCAGCCUGUUCAUACAGGUGGCCAUGUGUCUGUCCAACAUCACCUGCUGUCUGGACGCUCUGUGCUACUACUUCAUCGCCCACGAGGUGAGGAGCACCAAACACAGCUUCAGGAUGUCAGUGAUGAGCCAAAGAAGAGCCACCAACAGCACCUCAGAGGUCUGAGAAAACAUGAUUCAUGGUAGUAUACGAUUUGACCCCAGAGGACUUCUGGUAGCGAAAACAAGAGCUGGCAUCCUGUUUUAGGGCACCACAAGAGCCAGAGCUGUUUCAUGAUGCUAAUGAGCAAAUGUGGCAUGCACUAAGACGAGCAGGUGGAAAUGAAGCAGGUCAGAGUGCAAUCUCAAUUAACCGCUGAGCUCAGACUCUCAGGCUAUGUGAUGUUGUUGAGCAGCAGGAAGCCUGUAGGCAUCUCUGUAACCUCAAAGAGCUCUGAUAUCCAAAAAGUAAGCUGCAAACAAAAAAGUCCACCACCGAGCCACACAGUGACAUGUUCCUCAAAUGACUUACGGGAGAUUGCUCUCAGAUCACCGAGUCCUGGAAACUGACGAUGAGAGAUAAAGUGACCUGUGAAAACCUGAGCGGGCAGCUCGUCGCACAGCUUCGUCGAUCAUAUUCUCAAGAAGUUAAAGAUGUACAGAAGGAGCUGUUAGCAUUCUGUAGCUCUGGUGAAAGACGACAAGAACAACGUACACCUGGGAAAUUAUCAUAUUAAAUGUAUGAUUAGUUAAGACACAACCAAUGUGGUAAUAAUUAUGGGUUUUAUUUAUCGACACAUGAAGCAUUUCUAAUGAAUAAAAUACAGAUUUACUUAAUAGCCAACUUCAAAUAAGUACAGAAUAAAUAAAUUAAACUUACAGAUUGUUUCAAAUAUUAAUGAACACAUUUCCUUCUUAUGAAUAAAUCUUGAUCUGUGAAUCACAUUGACACCAACCAAGGACCUUUAAACACAUAAAUGUAAUUAUUAUGACUUCAUGAAUUAUAAUUAGUAACUUAACAAAACAAUACUUAAAACAUUUUUCAAACUUAACACUCAACAUUUGGUUCAUCUGCAGAUUUUAACAAAAAUUUAUUACUUAUAACAGAAGUUGACAAAAUAUUAACUGUAAAUAUUACAUCAGAUUUACAUUAAGUAAUAAAUUCUGGGUACUUAUGUUUGUUUUUGGGAGAAUUUAACACAGAGAAAAGCUGUAUUUAUGUAGCCACCCUAUAAAUCAUUCACUGAGUAAAUCCUGAUUUUACAUGUUGUCUUGGACUUGUUCAUGCAAAAUUAAACAAUAUUCAGGAUUAUACUUAACAUACUUCUAAUAAUUGUUUAAGCUAGUUUUGCAGUUUAAUGGAUGCAAACUGACUGCAGGUCUUGUAAAUGACAUGUUGUUGCUCGUGACAUAUGUAAAUAUUAUGUACAUAUAAUUCAUCUUCCAUCUGAAAUGUUCAGAGUUUUGUUUUUUAAACUGUAGAAUUAAAUGUGCAAUAAUGUUUUUUUAUAUAUUGUUAUCAGCCAGUUGUUACUGUUAGUCAGCCUGCGUGCUUCAAAGCCUGUUCGUGUGUUGACGGGGGAUUCAUGUGAAGUCACACCUAAACGAAGAGUUGUGAAGCGCACGAACCUUCAUCAGCCGUGUGUGCUCCUAACGUUUUGGUAACAGCAGAAGGUGUUGCUGAGCAUUAAUGCUGUUCUUAUUGAACGCAGUAAUCAAUGACGAGCUGUUUUCUUCAACCGGAAACAAGACGUGAAACUAUCGUGUGUUUUUCUUGCAUUACUUGAGUCUCGCUACUUUCAUUUUGCACAAGUAUCGUCUUUGUUGACUUUCAGUCUUAUGUGUUUGUCCUCGAUUCUGUUUUAUUUGUCCAUUAUUGCAUUUUCUGUUUCUUUCUUUUUUUUUAGUAAUAUAUUUUAAGCCAAAGUUGUCUCUGUGAAGCCACUGAACCCACACAGUGCGCAGGUGUUUUUUCUGUUCUUUUUGGUCUGCAAUAAAUGUAAGACAAACAAAAGGUCUGUCAAAUAAG